GAUAGGCUAUCUAUGUCUCACAUUUGUCUCUCUCCGUGCUUACGCACAGACAGCCUGCUUUCUCUUCUCCUUCCUCUCUCUUUUUCUCUCUCCAUGGAAAAGAAGUAGUAGUAACGUUGAAAAUGCAGUUUCGCCUUUCAUCGAAGGCCUGGCCAUCCAUCGCUUCCAAGUUUGUUGAUGAUCGGGUUGCAUAUGUCACCGGGGAUUCGGAGGCGUUUUGGAUUUUGAUUUGGAUUCAGGAGUUGGAGUCAAUGGCGUCCAGGCACGGCUCCAAAUCCAAGAAGUCGGCCUCCAGAGGGCUGAAUUCGCCUUCGUCCUCGACCACGUCGUCGUCCAAGCUGUUCCCCGAGACUUCAGCUGACGGUCUAAGCUCCCCGGCGUCCUCGUCCGCCAGGAGCAAGCCGCAGUACUUCUACUCGGAGACUCCGCCGGGGAGAUCCAAAGAGAAUGUCACUGUUACUGUCCGGUUCCGCCCUCUCAGUCCGAGAGAGAUUCGGCAGGGUGAGGAGAUUGCAUGGUAUGCAGACGGGGAAACCAUUGUACGGAAUGAGAACAAUCCAUCCAUAGCAUACGCAUAUGAUCGGGUUUUUGGCCCCACAACCACCACACGCCAUGUGUAUGAUGUUGCUGCCCAACAUGUUGUCAGUGGUGCUAUGGACGGUGUUAAUGGUACAAUUUUUGCAUAUGGUGUUACAAGCAGCGGGAAGACCCAUACCAUGCAUGGUGAUCAGAGGUCUCCUGGUAUUAUUCCGUUGGCUGUCAAGGAUGCUUUCAGCAUCAUUCAAGAGACACCAAGCCGAGAAUUUCUCCUCCGUGUCUCAUAUUUGGAAAUCUAUAAUGAGGUUGUUAAUGACUUACUGAAUCCAGCAGGACAAAAUCUAAAGAUCAGAGAGGACGUUCAGGGUACUUUUGUUGAAGGAAUAAAGGAGGAAGUUGUGUUAUCUCCUGCUCAUGCCCUUUCUCUUAUUGCAGCUGGAGAAGAGCACAGGCAUGUUGGUUCCACAAAUUUCAAUUUGCUCAGUAGCAGAAGUCACACAAUAUUUACACUGACGAUAGAGAGUAGCCCUUGUGGUGACAAUAUUGAAGGCGGGGCUGUCAACUUGUCACAGCUGAACCUCAUUGAUCUGGCAGGUUCUGAGAGCUCUAAGGCUGAAACUACUGGUGUGCGUCGGAAAGAAGGAUCCUACAUUAACAAAAGCCUACUAACUCUUGGAACGGUAAUAUCAAAGUUAACAGAUGGGAGAGCUGCUCAUAUACCAUAUAGGGACUCAAAAUUAACUAGGCUUCUUCAAUCUUCAUUAAGUGGUCACGGACGUGUCUCACUCAUAUGCACUGUUACCCCAUCAUCAAGCAAUGCGGAAGAGACACAUAACACUUUAAAGUUUGCCCACCGUGCAAAGCAUAUUGAAAUUCAAGCAUCACAAAACAAGAUAAUUGAUGAGAAAUCACUCAUCAAGAAGUACCAAAAUGAGAUUCGCUGUUUGAAGGAAGAGUUAGAUCAAUUAAAAAGAGGCAUUGUUACCCUUCCUCAACUGAAAGAUGUUGGAGAAGAUGAUAUUGUGCUUCUAAAACAAAAGCUAGAAGAUGGCCAAGUCAAGCUGCAAUCAAGAUUGGAACAGGAAGAAGAAGCUAAAGGUGCCUUGUUAGCGAGAAUACAACGGCUGACAAAGUUAAUUUUGGUCUCGACAAAAACUUCACAAUCAUCAAGAUUUUCUAACCGGCCUGGACCCAGGAGGAGGCAUUCCUUUGGAGAAGAAGAGCUUGCUUACCUUCCACACAGGAGGAAAGACUUUAUCUUGGAUGACGAAAACAUUGAUUUGUACGUCUCUCUUGACGGGAAUUCUGAAACUACUGAUGAUACAUCUAAAGAGGAGAAAAAGACCCGGAAACCUGGGUUGUUAAACUGGCUAAAGCUACGGAAGCGAGAUAGUGGUUUGGGGGCUUUGGCAAGCACCAGUGAUAAAUCAAGUGGAGUCAAGUCUAAUAGUACCCCUUCAACCCCUCAAGCAGAUAGCGUGAAUUUUCUGAUGGAGUCCCGACACUCACGUUCUCUUCUAACAGAAAGUACCCCUGGAGAUCUUCAUCCAGAGGCUAGACAGGAUAGAGAAUGUUCUGAUGAUAAUGCUUUGGGACAAGAGACUCCUUCGACUAGCAUAAAAACAAUUGAUCAAAUUGAACUUCUGAGGGAGCAGCAAAAGAUCUUGUUCGGAGAGGUGGCACUUCAUUUAAGUGCUUUAAAGCGGCUGUCUGAUGAAGCUGCAAGAAACCCGAAGAAGGAACAUAUUCAUGUGGAAAUAAGAAAGUUGAAUGAUGAAGUCAAAAGGAAGAACGAACAAAUAGCUCUGCUGGAAAAGCAAAUUUCUGAUUCAAUUAUCUCUUCUGAUGACAAAAUAGAAAAUGCAGAAGCCUCACAGCCUGUAGCUGAACUAAUGGCACAGCUGAAUGAGAAGUCUUUUGAGCUUGAGGUGAAGGCUGCAGAUAAUCGGAUAAUUCAGGAGCAGCUCAACCAAAAGAUUUGUGAAUGUGAAGGACUUCAAGAAACAAUUGUCUCCUUGAAACAACAGCUUUCGGAUACGUUGAAGCUGGGAAAUUUCAGUCCAAUUGUUGGACAUUCAGAACGCCACUCAGAAACAAAAAGCAUACAAGGAGAACUUUGUAUGGUUAAAGAAAGUAACGUGUUGAAAGAUUCAAAUGAUACAUUUCUUCUACAAGCUCAGGCAAUUGAAAGUGAAGAUCUGAAACAGAGAGUGGCUGAACUGACUGAGGCAAAAGAGCAGCUAGAACAUCGAAACCGGAAACUAGCAGAAGAGAGCUCAUAUGCAAAAGGAUUAGCCUCCGCUGCUGCUGUUGAACUCAAGGCGUUGUCGGAGGAAGUUGCCAAGCUCAUGAACCAUAACGAGAGACUAUCUGCUGAGUUGGCGGCGCAAAAGAAUUCCCCUACGCAGCGUAGAAGCAGCUCCACUCUGAGGAAUGGUCGGAGAGAUGGUUAUGUCAGGCGGCAAGAGCAAGGUGGUGGUUUAUCCUCAGAAGUAAAGAGGGAGCUUGCUUUAAGCCGGGAGAGAGAGCUGUCCUACGAAGCUGCUUUGGGUGAAAAGGAUCAAAGAGAGGCUGAGCUGCAAAGCAAGAUAGAGGAGUCCAAACAAAGAGAAGCCUAUCUGGAGAAUGAACUUGCCAACAUGUGGGUGCUUGUGGCAAAGCUAAAGAAGUCUCAUGGUCAUGGAGCCGAAAACGAUGUUUCAGAGUCGAGAGAAAACCGGAAAGUAGAUGGCUUCGGAACAUGGAAUAAUGAAGCUGGUCUGACAAAGGGCUUUCAAUAGAGAGAAGUGGGAACUGUAAUAAUUGGAUAGGGGUUUGUGUAUGUUGGAGUAGUGCAAAUGGAUUGGUGGUGGGUUGUGCGUUUGAGAGUGAAGCCUUUUGUUCCAGUUGAUUCUUUUGACUUUCAUUGUUUGUACAAAAUCAAGGUUCUUCUGUCUAGGGUGGGUCAUUAGUAUGAAACCAAAUACUGUGUGACAUCACAUGUUAACACGUGAAGAACGAACAAAUGUAGUAUUCUUCUUGUUCCCAAAGUAUGGCGAUGAUUUACAGUUUCCACACACAAUGUAUAUUAGAUUUGUUCCCUUUCUGUAGGCUGCUGCUGCUCAGCAUUCAAAAGUCUUUGUUUACUGAGAAUUCAAAUGGAAAAUGUUCCUUUGUUUUGUGGAUGCUGCAA